AUGGUCAGCAGGGCUUUCUAUAGAAAAUCUUUCAUCGACUCUUCAAUGAAGAUAGCAAAGGUUUAUGGCUUCCAAGGCCUAGACCUUUGUUGGGUUUCAGCAAACACAAGCUCCGACAUGAUCAAUAUGGGGUUACUCUUUAAGGAGCGGCGAGCCACAGCGAAUUCUGAGGCAAAAAAAUCUAUCCAGACAGAAUUGAUCUUGACUGCGGCUGUUCAAUACUCACCAGAUGUGGAUAGCGCUUCUUUUCCGGUGGACUCCAUAAGGGAUAACUCGAAUUGGGUUCAUGUCAUGGCUUAUGACUACUAUAUGCCUCAGUGGUCAAACUUUACAGGUGCUCUUGCAGCCUUAGUUGAUCCAUCAAGCGAGGCUAGCACGGAUUAUGGCGUUGGUGCAUGGAUUGGUUGGGGCUUGCCUGCUGGAAAGUUGGUCUUGGGCUUGCCUUUCUAUGGCUAUGCGUGGACGUUGAAGAAUCCCAACGACAAUGCUAUUGGUGCACCGGCUACUGGUCCAGCCAUUACACCUGAAGGAGACAUGAGCUAUAAGGAAAUCAAGGCUUACAUUAAGAGAUAUGGGGCUAAUGUCGGCUUUGAUGAUGUUGAGGUGGUCAAAAUUAAGGUUUCUUCUGCCAAGCAAAAGAAACUACUGGGCUACUUUGUGUGGCAAGUCUCUUAUGAUGACAAUUGGGAGCUUUCUCUAGCAGGAAUGGUUGUUCCAUCUAAAGAAUCAGAGUCCAAAAUUAAUCAUAUUGCAGCUGCAGGAGAUUUUAAUGGCAAUGUUCCUGAUGUGCAAGUCUUUAUUUUAGCUGACAUUGAGGCAGCUACAGAUAGACUUUCAUUUGAAAAUAAACUUGGAGAGGGAGGUUAUGGUCCCGUUUACAAGGGUGUAUUACCAAAUGGACAAGAAAUAGCAGUGAAAAAGCUUUCUAAAACAUCAACUCAAGGGUUUGAGGAGUUUAAGAAUGAGGUUAUACUUACUGCAAAACUGCAACAUGUAAAUCUUGUGUGA